AAGUAGCACCGGACGCCCAAAAUCUCGCACACCCAAAACUUCAGCAGAAGCAAGCCAGGCCCGUCGUCCCUUGGCGUGACACUGAUCCAUGGGGUCCACCGAGCAGCAGCCGGAGCCGGUGGCCGCGGCCGCGGCCGUGGAGGAGGCGUCGCCGGAGAUCAUCUUCCGGUCCAAGCUCCCGGACAUCGCCAUCACCAACACCCUCCCGCUGCACCGCUACUGCUUCGAACGGCUCCCCGAGGUGGCCGACCGCCCCUGCCUCAUCGACGGCGCGACGGGCACCGUCCGCACCUACGCCGAGGUCGACCGCCUGACCCGCCGCCUCGCGGCGGCGCUCCGGCGCGAGCCGCUGGGGCUCCGCCGCGGCGCCGUGGUCAUGAACCUGAUGCUCAACUCGGCAGAGUUCGUGCUUUCCUUCUUCGCCGCGUCGCGCGUCGGCGCCGCGGUCACCACCGCCAACCCGAUGUCCACGCCGCACGAGAUCGCCAACCAGAUCGCGGCGUCCGGUGCCACCGUCGUGUUCACCGAGUCCAUGGCCGUGGACAAGCUCCCCGCCAGCGCCAAGGACGGCGGCGCGCUCACGGUGGUCCUCAUCGACGCGCGCCGCGACGGUUGCCUCCACUUCUGGGACGACGUCAUGGCGAGCGUCCCCGACGAGGAGGUCGCGGCCGGCGACGAAGACUCAGCUUCCGGCGACGGGGAGUUCGACCCCGACGACGUGGUGGCGCUGCCGUACUCGUCCGGCACGACGGGGCUCCCCAAGGGCGUGAUGCUGACGCACCGGAGCCUGAGCACCAGCGUGGCGCAGCAGGUCGACGGCGACAACCCCAACAUCGGCUUCCACUCCGGCGACGUCAUCCUGUGCUCGCUGCCCAUGUUCCACAUCUACUCGCUCAACACCAUCAUGAUGUGCGGGCUCCGCGUCGGCGCUGCCAUUGUUGUCAUGCGCCGCUUCGCCCUCACCGCGAUGAUGAAGCUCGUGGAGCGGCACCGGAUCACCAUCGCGCCGCUCGUGCCGCCCAUCGUCGUCGACGUCGCCAAGAGCGGCGAGGCCGCGGCGCACGACCUGUCGUCGGUCAGGAUGGUGCUCUCGGGCGCGGCGCCCAUGGGAAAGGACAUCGAGGAUGCGUUCAUGGCCAAGCUCCCCGGCGCUGUGCUCGGACAGGGCUAUGGCAUGACAGAGGCCGGACCGGUGCUGUCGAUGUGCCUGGCAUUCGCCAAGGAGCCCUUCAAGGUGAAGUCCGGCGCGUGCGGCACGGUGGUGCGCAACGCAGAGCUGAAGAUCAUCGACCCCAACACCGGUAAGUCCCUCGGCCGGAACCAGCCCGGGGAGAUCUGCAUCAGGGGGCAACAGAUCAUGAAAGGUUACCUGAACAACCCGGAGGCCACGAAGAACACCAUCGACGCCGAUGGUUGGCUGCACACCGGCGAUGUUGGGUUUGUGGAUGACGACGACGAGAUCUUCAUCGUCGACAGGCUCAAGGAGAUCAUCAAGUACAGGGGAUUCCAGGUGGCCCCCGCGGAGUUGGAGGCCCUGCUGAUCACUCACCCGAGCAUUGCUGACGCCGCCGUUGUCGGGAAACAAGUCGAGCCAGAAAUUGGAGAAAUCCCGGUUGCCUUUGUGGCCAAGGCCCAAGGGAGUGAGCUCAGCGAUGAUGACGUGAAGCAAUUCGUGGCAAAGGAGGUGAUCUACUACAAGAAGGUUCGCGAGGUUAUCUUCAUUGACAAGAUACCCAAAGCGCCAUCAGGCAAGAUCCUCCGCAAGGAGCUAAGGAAACAGCUUCAGGAGCAGCAACAGGCCGUGUGAUCAAGACAGCCUAUACAUCGCUCAGUAUUUAAGAUUUGUUCAGAUGUUGACAUGUGGAGGAAGAACUUAAUCCAAGGGUACAGAAGUGUUUUUAUCCUUUUCGUGUAAUGUAUCUAGCUGGCUGGUGAGGCGGAGAGGCUUAAUUGAUUGGAAAUUAGACUUUCAAAGGUACAUCAUGUUUGGGGGACAUGCUUUUUACAGUUUCUCAUGGUUUUUUUUCCUGCUAUUUUUCA